AUGGUUGAGCCAUGGAUGAGAACUAUUAUCUUGAUUUUGAAAAUUUGGAGAAAAAAGAGCAACAAUCCUUAUAUUGAUACAAUCAGUUUGUAUGGCUAUGUACUAUUAGUAAUUUAUUACUUUGUCAAUGGUCUCAAGGAUGGUGUAUCACCGUACGUCCUCAUAUCUACACAUAUGUUCCCUUGGAACACCCUGUAUUCUUACUUCCAUGCUGCUUUCAAAAUGUAA